GUAAUAUGAUAUUUAAACUUUAAACAACUACACGAAGACUCGAUUAACAGUCACAAGACCGGAUCUCACAGGUUACUUAGAUUGAAUUUCAAUGUUUGUAGUAACAACGAAAGAACUUAUUCACAGUGAUACAAAUGGCGUCAAAUUUGGAGAGUUCAAUUAAUAGAGGAUCAGACUUGUUCUUUGACUUUGCUUGUUUCCCGUGUCAGGAAAAUGACAGAAACACUGAGGCUGAUGUUUACUGUGAGGAAUGUUCUAAAUUGUACUGUAACAAAUGUGUGGAGCAUCAUAACUUGCUUUACAAGAAGCAUGCCAUUUUGGGCAAGAAACAAAUCAGCAAAUGGCCUCGGAUUACUGUGGAUGAACAAGAGCAAUGUCAGGAGCACAAGAAAGAAAAACUGACAAUAUUCUGUGAGGACCACAGACAGUUGAUAUGUCAAGUCUGCCAUGUCCGCAAUCAUAAGAAAUGCAGUCAUGUUGUGCUCAUAGUUGACAAAAUAAAAGACCUUCAUCAAAAAAGAGACUUCAAGCAGUUGUCAGAAACUGUUGAUACACAACAUCAGCAGUUGAUACAAAAAAAAGAUGACUUUGAGGAAAAUAUGAAGUCUCUUGAGAAAUCUUACAAUAAAAUUCUUGAAGAAAUCAAUGCUUUACGAAAGAAAAUUAAUGAUUCUUUGGAUCAACUUGAGAGGAAUACUAAGCAGGCAUUGGAUGCAUUGCUGGCCACCAUGAAAACAUCUAUUCAGACUGACAUUGAAAACUGCACAAGGUCUAUUGAAAAUAUAACAUGCUUAAAAGACGAUUGGCUACGCAGAAAAGACAAAAGUGAGGUAUUGACUUUUAUCAAGUACAGAAAAUGCUGUGACCAGUCACUCAAGACAGAAGCAUUUUUAAAAGCCAUGACAACAAAGAAUGAGAUGACAAUAACCUUUAAUCCAGACACAACCAUUCAACAAACCCUGUCCACCCUCUCAGGAUUGGGGCAAGUAGACAGACAAGAAAUAAUACACAUACACUCGAAUUCAUACACGGAGAAAGCAGAAGAGGAGCGCCUUAGGGAGGAGUUGCGCAUUGUAAGGGAGAAACUCAAGGUGGAGACGGACCAACACAAGAUACGCAAACUGAAAGGGGAGGAGACACGUCUCAUACUACAGUGUUUGUCCGUGCAUUAAAAGCUAGGAACUCAAGAUGGUGAAGGACGAAAUCAAAAAGUUCAGUUCAGAAGCACUCAAGAUUCGCAAUCGUUAUACCAAUAAUAAUGUAUAAUUUAUACAAUGUAAUUGUUUCAUAGUUUAAAAUGCAUAUUGAAUACAAUAAGACAUCAUGUGAUAUGCUGUAUUUGAACAUGUAUUGUUUUUAGUAUAUGAUGAUAUAGAUGUUGCAUUCAUAUUAAUUAUAUGUAUUAUCCGGUACUGUUUCGAUACCUGAUUUUGUGAUUGUGACUCGAAUGUAUAAUGUGUGCUCCUUCGAAAGUAUGCUGAUGUAUUAUACAAAUUCAACUUUAAUUUGUAAUUGUGACGUUGCUACUUAAAUUUUAGUUGUUUUGGAUGCGCACUGUUAUAUUCUAUGCUCCUUCAGAUUACAAUUAUUAUUUUUUCCUUAAUGCUUAUAAAAGUAGUAAAAAGCACCCAUAUGUAGCAAUAUACACUGUUAACAUGUGAUUGAAAACGAGUUUUGUUCAAGUUAAAGUUCAUCCAUAACUAUUUUAUAACAUUUCUGCUAAAUCCACUUACUAUAUUCAUGUAUUUUGUA